GGGGUGAUGGGGAUGUGGGGACAGGUGUAGGUCAUGUGAUGUGAAGUCUCCCCCAUUGUAUGUAUGGGCGGUGUGCGGACGGUGCAGUGACUGUGUGUUUCUGUAUAUAAAGUGAUAAGAGGAACACAGAGGAGGGUCCAGCCAUGGGGUCCGGCCCGGAGCUCACCCCCUACACCUGGGAGGAGGUCCAGAGACGGAACACCCGCGAGGAGCGAUGGCUCGUCAUCAACCGCAAGGUCUAUGACAUCACCACAUUCUGCCAGAGGCACCCCGGGGGGCAGCGCGUCAUCAGCCACUACGCCGGACAGGACGCCACGGACCCGUUCACUGCAUUCCACAUUGAUAAGGAGUUAGUACAGAAGCAUAUGAAAUGCCUGCUGAUUGGGGAGCUGGCGCCUGGACAGCCUUGUAUGGAGCCCUGCAAGAAUGCGGCUAUGGUGGAGGAUUUCCGCACACUGCGCUCCACCGUGGAACAGAUGGAUCUCCUUAAUCCCAAUAAAUUAUUUUUCGUUGGUGUUCUUCUGCACAUUCUGCUGCUGGAUGUACUAGGCUGGCUGAAUCUGUAUUAUUUUGGUCCUUCACUCAUCCCGUUCCUGGUCACAUCUCUGAUCCUAGGCACUCUUCAGGCUCAGGCCGGGUGGCUACAACAUGACUUUGGCCACUUGUCAGUUUUCAGCAAGUCAAAGUGGAAUCACCUAGUACAUCAUUUUGUGAUUGGACAAUUGAAGGGUGCCCCUGCCAGCUGGUGGAAUCACAUGCAUUUCCAGCAUCAUGCCAAACCCAACUGCUUUCGCAAGGACCCGGAUAUUAAUAUGCACCCGCUUUUCUUUGCACUGGGCAAGAAGCUGUCAGUGGAGCUUGGAAUUAAAAAGAAGAAAUAUAUGCCAUAUAAUCACCAGCACAAGUACUUCUUCCUGAUUGGUCCCCCCGCUCUGCUUCCCCUGUACUUUCAGUGGUACAUUUUCUAUUUUGCUGUCCAGCGGAAGAAGUGGGUAGAUUUGGCUUGGAUGAUUUCAUUCUACGUGAGGUUUGCCUAUUGUUAUUUCCCGCUAAUUGGGAUUGGUGGCACCAUCAGCAUGUUCAUGCUAGUCCGGUUCAUAGAAAGUAACUGGUUUGUCUGGGUGACACAGAUGAACCACAUUCCAAUGCACAUAGACUACGAUCAGAAUAAGGAAUGGCUUUCUGGACAGCUGCAAGCCACUUGUAACGUGGACCAGUCUCUGUUUAACGAUUGGUUCAGUGGACAUCUCAAUUUUCAAAUUGAACAUCAUUUAUUUCCCACAAUGCCAAGACACAAUUACUGGAAGGUCGCUCCUCUUGUUCGCUCGCUUUGCAAGAAGUAUGGCAUCGAAUACCAGUCCAAACCACUGUUUACUGCAUUUGCUGAUAUAGUUCAUUCUCUCAAGGAGUCCGGGGAGUUGUGGCUGGAUGCAUACCUGCACAAGUAAUGAGUGACCUAUCUGCCGGACCAAUGAAGCCCAGGGAACUACUGCUGCAAAGAACACUGUCACAACAUUCCUCUAGUGUCCACACUGCUACGCAAUCAAUCAGGACCCCUGCAGCCCUGCAGUGCUGUAAUGUUAGCACAUCACAAUCAUGACAGAUGAAUGCAUUAUAGGCCGGAAAGGCUCGAUCUUAAUUUGUAUGCCGUGUAUAUUUCCUUCUGAGCAAAAUCAAGGUGCAACCCUGAACACUCAAUGGCCAUUACUUUGAAAUGCAACUAAUUUAGUGAAAAGCCAAACGAUGUUAAAGCCAAUAAAAAUGGCUGUGAAUGUUUAUGAAAUGUAAGAACAGUUCUGCCAUAACAGUCUAGGCGAGUGUUUCCCAACUCCAGUCCUCAAGGCGCCCCAACAGGUCAUGUUUUCUGGCUUUCCAUUAUUUUGUACA